GUGCAUAAGGAUAGCCACCUCUCCCCUCCGCGUCGCAUCCCGUCCAAUGGCGGCGCCCGCGCUCCUCUCCGCACCACCCCCUCCCCCACCAAUGGAAGAGGAUGGUCUCACCUCCCACGUCGCACCAAGCCCAACCCCACCCCCACCCCCGUCGAAGAGCGGUUUCUUGCGUGGGCGGCCGCCCAUCAGGGUGACAUCGGAGUUCGACAGCGAGCGCCAGCUCUUUUCCCACCGCAUCUCCUGCCGCGUCCUCAACGGCCUUGCCAAGCUCCGUCUCCGAGUUCACCACGGGGCCGCGGGAGGGGCCCCGACUCCCGAGGUGGCGCUCAUGGGGCGGAACUUCUCCGCCGUCGUCGACGCCGCCUCCCGCGGCGCCGUGCUGCGAGGAACGGCCGACCUUGCCGGAUCGCUCCACCUUAGUGCGGCGCACAACACGAAGGAGGGACAAGGAGAAGUGGCAGUAACUACUAAUUUGGGAGAUUCACCAUGCAAAAUUGAGUUAUCAUCGCUGGUUCCUCCUGAUGGAUUGCCAAGAGCAACCUUCUUGUUUCCUAACGGGGAAGUUUCAGUUAAGGAGAAGAAGUUGGAUGAGGGUGAGAAAAUUUUGUCAGUAAAUGGUAUAGUGAAGUCUCAUGUUCUGAAUGGAGUUUGCACUGCAUUGUACAAUGAUAAUAUGAUGAAUAUCAAGUAUCGCUAUAAGGAUGAUGAGCUAUCAUUUAUUCCCAGCCUCACUUUACCAUCAAAUUCACUAUCAUUUGCAUUUAAACGCCAGUUAACUCCUUCAGACAAGUUCAGUUACCGGUACCAUUUUGACACAAACUACUGGAGUGCUGUCUAUAAACAAAAGGCCAGUAAGCAUGUCAAAUGGAAAGCAGGUUAUGGGUCGGACGAAAGGCUUGGCUGGGCAUCUGUUUGGGUUGGCGACGCAGGCGGCAAGACAAAGGAAGCCCCCCUGAAGACAAAAGUCCAACUCAUGAUAAAAGUCCCUCAGAACAAUAUACAGAAUUCAACUCUAGUGUUCCGGGUGAAGAAAAGAUGGGAUUUUUAGUUUGGAUAUUUAUUGCGCAGAGAAGGUGAGCAACAAUAAGAAAUAUGAAUGCAUUGCAUGUGCAUACACUUUGUGUGGAAAUUGAAAGGACUAGUAUGUUACGUAUUUUCCUCCUUGUCGCCAGUUGAAGUUAAACUGAAGCGUUUGAUAGGAGGUUUGCAUAUACAAGUGUAAUAUUACGGAAAGUGAACAGUGCACCCGCGGUGCCCGGCCCGUCUAUGGCACAUAGACCAUUCAUCCCCCAACUAGCACCCCAUCCUCUUUGCCAUCGCCAUCGCUGCCGCAAUCCCACUUUUGGCCUCUACGCCAUCGCCCCACCCCUGCUGCCGCCUCUUCCGUCGACGCCCUUUUUGCCAUCGUUCUGGCCGCUUCUUCCAUGGCCUGCCUAUCCUAGGGUCGAUGACAGCCCACCACUACCUCUAAGGUCAUCGUCGGAGGACACAAGGUUCGACAACCUUUGCCUCCGUCUCCAUGGACUCCAUUCAUCGAUCGCGACUCGCCACCCACCCUCCUGCAAGGAGUUCGGCUGUUUGCCCGACUCGGCUGAUACUUGUCCAUGCCCGCCUCAAUCCAUUGAUG